AUGCCCUCCCUCACCAUAAACAACCACAACCUCCACUACGCCGACUCCCACCCCAACGGCGCCCCAGACCAAGGCCAAACCAUCAUCUUCAUCCAUGGCCUCGGCUCCUCCCAAAACUACUACUUCCCCAUCCUCCCCCAUCUAACCCCCAACCACCGCUGCAUAACAAUUGACACCUACGGCUCCGCCCGCUCAACCUACACAGGCCAACCGAUAUCCAUCGCCUCCAUCGCCGCAGAUGUAAUCGGCGUACUAGACGCACUGAACAUCCCCAAAGCAGUGGCAGUCGGCCACUCAAUGGGCGGCUUAGUGGUCACCCUUCUUGGAGCUCAGUAUGCAGACCGCAUAAAUGCAGUGGUGGCUAUUGGACCGACGCAUCCUUCUUCGACGCUUACGUCGGUGAUGAAUAAGAGGAGCGAGACUGUUUCUGAAGCGGGAAUGGAACCAAUGGCCAACACCAUCCCCUACCAAGCUACCGGCUCCGGAACCCCAGCUCUCACGAAGGCAUUCAUCCGGGAACUCAUUCUCGGACAGAACCCCGAGGGCUAUGCGGCGCUUUGUAGGGCUAUUGCUUCGGCGCCGGUGAUUGAUUAUUCAGCUGUUCGGGUGCGGUUCUUGCUUCUUGCUGGCGAGGAGGAUAAGUCUGCGCCCUUGGAGGGGUGUCGGAUUAUUUUUGAUGGCGUGUCCAGUGAGAAUAAGAGCUUGGAGGUGUUGGAGAAGGUGGGACAUUGGCAUUGUGUGGAGGCGCCGGAGGUUGUGGGGGGUUUGAUUGCGAGAUUUGUUGGGGGGGUUUAG